AUGUCAGCCACUUCAUCAGAUCCGACAGGUAAAGGGAGCCAGCAGGACAAGGCUGAUGAGGAGCAGGAUGCAAGAGGGCCAGGCAACGAACAUGAUACCCUAAAAUAUCAGCUCCUAGGUCCAUCACUGACCAAGGCAGGGCAGGAUAAGGUAGACCAGCAAAGAGUAUCGGAGAUUAUAUACAACGCUUCGAAGGGGUCAAAAUUCUUCAACCAUGAAAGAGUUCGGGACCAAUUAUUAACAGAAAAGAUCCAGAAGAUAUUGGCGCACAAGCAAAAGCUAGAGAAACAGGAUCUAUCUUAUAGCACCCGUCAGGCCGAUGAAUACAUUGCGGACCUUGAAUUACGCCGUGAUCUAUCGCAAUGGAUUGUACAUAUUGACUGUGAUGCUUUCUUUGCAGCCGUGGAAGAACUAGACAGGCCCGAGUUACGGGAUGUCCCAAUGGCCGUUGGAAAAGGUGUUUUAACGACUUGCAAUUACCAUGCUAGAAAAUUUGGAUGCCGAAGCGGCAUGGCCAGUUUCGUGGCAAAGAAGCUGUGCCCCCAGUUGAUUUGUAUACCCCAAAAUUAUGAUAAAUAUAACGCAAAAGCACGAGAAAUUAGAGCUAUUUUGGCGAACUAUGACCCAGAUUUUGAGAGCGCAAGCGUUGAUGAAGCAUAUCUCAAUAUUACGCAAUAUUGUGCAACAAACAAUGUUGACCCCCAAGCUGCAGUUCAGCAGCUACGCGAUGAAAUCGCCGCGCAGACAAGGGUAACUGUUUCUGCAGGGAUUGCCGCCAAUGCCAAAAUUGCGAAAAUAUCGUCAAACUGGAAUAAACCGAACGGCCAGUUUCAUGUCCCGAGUGAACGGGCCGCAAUAAUGGAAUUUAUGGCCAAGAUUCCGGUCCGCAAGGUGAAUGGUGUCGGUCGGGUAUUUGAGCGUGAGCUUGGCGCAAUAGGGAUAACAACUUGUGGAGACAUUUAUCAGUUUCGGGGAAUGCUGACCCAACUCUUCGGUCACAAGGCGUUCUGUUUCCUGAUGCAGUGUUAUUUGGGCCUUGGAAGAACGCGAAUUCAACCUGCGGGUACAUUUCCGAGGAAAAGCAUUGGCACCGAGCACACUUUCGCAGAUUUGGGCGACCUCCACCAACUUCAAGAGAAACUGAAGUGGACAGCCUCAGAACUGGAGAAAGACUUACGAUCUGCCGAAACAAAAGGCCGCACCCUUGUGUUGAAAGUAAAGCUCCAUACGUUUGAAGUGUUAUCCCGACAAACCGUUGCCCCGAAGCCUCUCAUGCUGGCUGGCGAUCUCUACAAGUAUUCACUUCCGCUAUUGGCAAAAUUAUACAAGGAGAGGCCCCAGAUGAAAAUCCGCCUGAUGGGGCUUCGCUGUACAAACUUGGUCAGCACAAAAAGGGAAGCCUUCAACUUCUUUAACAGGAGCGAUUUUACCCAGACAACAGCCGCGAGCCCCGAGACCGGCAACGAGACCAUAGUAAGCACGGAGGAGGAAUUCGAGGCCGCGGCAUCCCAGGAACGCAUGGAUGACAUGGAGAGCCUGGAAAACCUCAGCCAGGAACUGGAAUCAAGCGACAAAACACAACGAACUAGAAACGACGGGGAUUCUGAUACUGCAAAGACGGCUAGACUGGAAAAGUGGCCCUGUCCAAUAUGCUCGAUCCCGCAGCCUACGGACCAUGCAGAGUUCAACCAACAUGUGGAUUACUGCCUUUCGAAGGAGACCAUCAAGGAGGCCGUUCAAGGAACGCUGGAACCGGAGGACAACCCGUCUAGUCAGCCGAACAAGAGAAAGGCAGCUGUCGAGCCCAACGGCACCCGCAAACGACCGUUUUUCAGCUAG